CUUGCCAAGGUCAGAAUAAAACUUAAGCAACAUUAGGAACAGUUGCAAGAGGUAAAUAAUGAAACAUACAUACAAGCAUACAUAACCAUACAUGUCACACUGAAUAAUACCACACAAUAAGCAGUUCACUAUCAACAAACAUAACAAUGAUGGACAUACACUGGGCCGCCCACUAAAACAAGGAACUCAUAAACAAAAUAAAACAGAAAACAUAAGCUAAUGGACAGACACCGGGCCUUCCAUCAACUCAGAAAAAUCAAUAAAACUCCAAACAUAAUAGUAAAGCCUCCCUUAUCAUCAACAGAAAUAAGCCUACACCUACACAUUAACAAAAUACGUUUCAAACUCACAUAUUUAAACCUUAAAUAAACAUCCCUCCUCACCAAUGACUCAAACAAAACCAAAACAUCCACCUUUUUCCCUUCGAAAUGAGCCAGAUUUCUUCUGGAUCAUAUUGCAUAUCUUGCCUGCGUCAAAAAAAAAGUCAAUCAAGUUCCCAGUCACAUCCUUACUAUUUUUGCAUAUACCAAACAAUGCUAUUUUCUUCCAAUCUUUCCCAGUCAAAGUCCAUUUCCCAGUUAUCCUUAAUAAACUUUUUUAGUUUCUCCUGAAGUAUUCUUAGCUCCUUACAUUCAAAAAACAAAUGCAUCAGUGUUUCUGGACCUUCUUUACAUGCAUCACAUUCUCUUUCCACAUUGUUAUGGAUUUGAUGGAUCACAACAUUUGUGUGCACCCAAUUAUGUCUGAGUUUGAAAUCUAAGUUCUCACAGUCUAAGAUAUCAUAUUUCACAUUCAAAUUAUUUCAGAUUGUUUUUACAUGUAAAUCUGGGAACAGUUUUGGCCACAUGUUUUCUGAAGCAGGUGGUUUAAUUUCUUUUUUUAACAAUAUCUCAUACAUCAUUUUGACUUUAACUUCAGACAAAUGUUUUUUCUCUUCCUUUUGAUCAAUAUAUAGAGCUGGUAAUCCACAUUCCCCCAACUGUACAGUCUUUCUCUCUCUCAGGUUCGCCCAGGUCCUAGGGAUGCUUUUUCUGAUAUCCUCAAAAGCCUUAUCAACCGUUGACCAUUCUAUCUCAUCCUCCUAUUCCACAACACAAUGAUAAAUAGCCCUGUUAGACGACGACAACACACAUUGGCAAGCUCAACAACUGAUCCAGACACAACACUGGCAACAGCCAGUUCAGCAACUGAUACGGUUGAGGAAAGUGAUUAUGACACAGGAUUUUAUGACUUUUAUGGGAUUUGGAGAAGUUCCUAAAGAGCCAUACACUGGAAUAGAGACAGAGAUUCCAGUACCUACGGAUUCCACUACAACUACUACUGCUGCGCCCACUGCAUCUACUGCUACAACUACUGCUCCCUCCACAACAACAGCCACCACUGUUUCCCCCGCCACCAUGACGGUUAGCACAGCUGCCCCCGCCACCACAACGGUCAGCACAGCUGCCCCCGCCACCACAAUGAUGAGGGCCACCACGGCCACCCCAUCAACAACGACAACCAGCUAUGGCUCCACCGCAAGCAUGAAUGACCCCUCCACCACCACGACCUGUGCCCCCUUGACUACGAGUACCGGCUCAACAACAACAACCGGCUAUGCCUCCACCACAAGCAUUGGUUCGACGACGACCGUCGUCCCCUCCACCAGCACGACCAGCAUCCCCUCAACCUUAACAACCAACACCCUAUCCGCUACAAGUGCCGGCUCAACAACGACAACCAGCUAAGCAUCUAUUCCACUACAAGCGCCGGCUCAAAGACGACUAGCAGACCGUAGUGGUAAGGCUAUGAGGCCAACAAUCAAACACCACUUCCUUUGUCUUUCUUUGUAUAUAUUUUUUCUUAUAUAGUAGUAAAGUUUUUCUUUCACACAUGAUAUUCAAUCAGUUGCAGUUUUGUGGGA